AUGUCUCGCCUCUUUAGCACAUCUGCUCGGGCUUUUCUCGAAUGGGCCGGGUUCGAUAGGUACAAACUAUCUCCAAAGUGGCGGUCUGCCGUGGAGAGAUUCACAGGCCCAGGCGGGGGUGCUGAAGCGAGACUUGGCAAGCUGAGGAGAGUCGACAUCAAACAUCGAGAUGACAAUCCCGUACACCAAUCUCAUUUCAAUCGUGACGAUAAAGAAUGGGUUAUCAGCGCAGAGAUCUCCGGCGAGAAUGGCAGAAAGGUUUGCCAUAUAUAUGAUGAUGGCAGUGGCACAACUAAGAAAGGAGAAGAGAGGCGUUAA